AACACUACUAGAAUACAAUAUGAACUAGGAUGCUAUGUAUAAUAAUAACACUACUAGAAUACAAUAUGAACUAGGAUGCUAUGUAUAAUAAUAACACUACUAGAAUACAAUAUGAACUAGGAUGCUGUGUAUAAUAAUAACACUACUAGAAUACAAUAUGAACUAGGAUGCUGUGUAUAAUAAUAACACUGCUAGAAUACAAUAUGAACUAGGAUGCAGCCAGUUAGGAUCACAGCAAGUUAUAUCUACAAUAACAUUGUAGUGAACAUAGUGAAUUAGCUGAGGAUCCAGUAACGCGAUGCUCUGACAAGUCCAGUGAGAAUUGUUGAUAUUAAAACACUGUCUUCCUGAGAUCGACAAAACAUUACUGGCGUCAGAAACAGAAUUGCUGAUAUUAUAGAAACCAAGGAUUACAAGAUCAAACGGAUUGCUAUAGUCGCCCCGUGACAGAACAUCACCUGUCCUUACAGUAGAAUCGGGUGUCUAAACGGGUCUAUACGGUAUAAAACGCGUUUAUAGGCGCGUUUUUACGGUAAAGUCCAACGACUACAGGCGAGAAGACGAGUCACGUCAGCUGCUGUGGAAUCGAAACUGAAAGGACCCGGUGAUUCGGACCGACCCACGCUCCACUAAGACCGUGGACGGGCUCGUUUACAGUGUACUGCGCUUACUGUCUUUUUAACUGAGGGCUGGAGAACAAGGGGGGUGUAAAGGUGUCAGAUAAGAAAGAAAAGGCAUCAGAUUGUGGAGAAACUCUCAAACCAUCUAAGUGAUUCAACAAGUUAAAAAAAGCGGGACGGGACGGGGGGGGGGGGGGGGGGUGGAUUUUAGAAAACCCGAAGAUGGAAGAAAUCUGUGAUAUUCCUGGAAAAAUCUGCUCUUUCCUGUGGGGGGUCGAGGAAGGCUUCACUGCCUUGCAGAUCUCCAGAAACGUUGGGUUAAAAACCAGCAAACAGGUGAACCCAGCGCUGUACGCGUUGGAGAAGACAGGGGAGCUGAAGAGGGAAGGAACAGCCCCACCACUGUGGCGUCUGUCCCCCCGGAAACGACGCGCGAUGGGUGGGGAGAAGGAAGGGGGAGAGGCAGGGGAGGUCCUUCACAAGCCUCCUUCUCCCAGCCCCGCACCCCCUGCUCCCAUCCCUCAAGAAGGAGCCAGCGUUGACCCGGCGAGCAUUUUACAAAUCCUGCAGGGGGUCGGGCUUGAAAAAGGUGGGGUCCCCUGUUUCAGAAUCGCCCGGGAGCUGGGGGUCCCCAAGAAAGCAGCCAACCAGGGCCUCUAUCGUCUCCUGCGGGAGGGGAAGGUGUGGAAAUCGGAGGGACCCCCACUGCUGUGGAGCCUCCCAGCCCUGGGGUCCCGAGGGUCCGAAAACGAGGCACCGAAAACAAGACCGGGGAAGGAAGACCUUCUGCGUGGGAGUGGAGAGAUUUUGGGGAGCCGGUUCGACGGGAGCGAUGAUACACAGGAGGGGAGCGCAGCCCCUCAGCCUCUCUCCAAACCCCAGGAUCUGAUAGCUGGCGCCCCGGGACCCACAGGGAAGCCAGCUCAGUCCCCCUCGCUUUCCUCCAGCGUUCAGAGGCUGGCGCUGGGGGAAGGCAGUGUUUGCAGUGCUGGCGAGGUCCUGGAAGCCCUGGAAGCUCUAGGGCCAGGUCAGACAGCCUUGCAGGUGGCUCGGAAGCUGGGAGCAACCAAGAAGGUAGCGAACCAUCAACUGUACUGUCUGGAGAAACAGGGAGCCGUGAGCAAAAACGGGGAGACGCCCCCGCGGUGGAGUCUGGCUACGGAGCCCAGAAAGAGGGCCACGGAGCCGGGAGAGGGAGAGGGGGAGAGGAGAGGUGGAGCGCAGGAGGAUGAAGCAGGAGAAGGGAUGGAGGAAAGCCUGGAGGCGUCUAGGAAGCCAGAGCAGCCCCAGGAGGCAGAACUGCACGACUCCCGGGUCCUGCAGCUUUUCUCUGCCCAGGAGAGGGAGAGGGAGAGGGGGAGGAGGCAGAGGGGCUCCCCUGAGUCCUGGAACCUGGAGGAGGAGAGAGGGAGGGAGGAGGAGAAAGAGGAAGGUAGCGAUGAUGAUGUGGUGGUGGAAGAGAUCAUUGAGGAGGGGGCCGAUGAUACCAAGCAAGGAGACUGAAGAAUUGGGACAGACUAUUUUCGGGGGGGGCGCGUGUGUUACUAACUUUAUUAUUUUCAUUCUGUGUCUGUCAGACAACUUUUGAUUUGUAUUAAAGUAUUUUGGUGUGUGUGAA